AGAUGGCGGCGCGCAUCUAUACAUGAGAGCAAUAAGGAAAUACUGGUCUUGCGUGUGUCAGAAUUACAGGUCGUUCUGGUAAAUCCGUAUUUUUUUUAAAGUCUGAGGAUAUAGCUUAUGCUUGUGAUUCUUGAUGAGUUGCAAGUUCGUAACGACAAAGGGCCUGACAGAUGGAAAACAUGAGUGCCGAAGCAGAGGUUCGCCUGCAUGUCAGUCAAUGUGUCAGAACCCUGUCUACCUCUGGGGAUGCUGAGGAGGUGGCCCACAGUCUUCACACACUGGUCAGCUAUCUGGACAAUGAGUCUCAGGAGAAGAUCUCGCCCGCUCAGAGAGACGAGUUCAACCGGACGCACUACACCAGUUUCUUGAAGUUCCUGGUUGGUAACCUGAAAGCCAAUAAGCUGCAGCUUCUCACCUCUGCCCAGUGCUCGGACCUGUGGGAUGGUUUGUUCCUUAGAGGUCCCCCAGACCAGGCUCUGUUGGUGCUUAUGGACUACAUUGCUUCAUCCUGCCCAAGCGCAGGUCUGGACAGGGUGGUGGGUGUUCUGGAGCGAUACUUGCAAAGUGGCCGUCUGGCUGCCUUGCUCUGGUCUCGCUGCCAGGGGUCCUUUUCUCCGGACUCCCCUCAGCUGAGAGAGACACUCCUGGGGCGGUUGGUGUCUCUGCCUGACCUUACAGCCAACCACUUGCAUCCACAUAACAGGCCCCUCUUUCUGCCUGCCCAGUACUACCCCCUGCUGGCCAGGGAAUUGAGCAUUGCACUGGAGAGGACCUGCCAGGCUUUAAGAGAAGGACAGGACUGCUCCUUGAGUUUUGUGGCACAACUGCUGGGGAAGGCUUGUGUGCAGGGACACAGUGAGCACAUGUUCAAGGAGCUAGCACCUCACCUCUCUGCUCGCACCCGCUCCGACAUGGUGUGGCAGAGAGUGUGCUGGCGCCUGAUGGAGGACGUUCCAGAGCGCUGGAUGGAGAGUGUGGUCACAGGGCUGGUGCAAGCUGUGGAGGGACCAGCGGCUCUGUCGAGGAUUAUGGGGAAUGUUGUGGUGAAGAAUAAGAAAGCGCAGUUUGUCAUGACCCAUAAACUCCUUUUGCUGCAGUACAAGUACAAGACCAGUGUAGUGCGCACUCUCCUAGGAUAUCUUGCCCAGGACAGGGAGCGCCGACCGCUGCUCAUCCAGGUCCUGCGGUCACUGUGCCAGACAUGGGCUAACAGCAGCGCGGUCAGACACACUCCCGUGGAGCAGCAGCUGUACCUGAGCCGGGCCUUGCUGGUGUGUUUGGGCCUGCUGAGCGACACUGAGCUGCAGGAGCUCCGUCCAGAGCUCCUGCAAUGCAUGAUGGGAGGGAUGCAGUGCCAUCUGGACAACUGCCUGGUGCGGGUGCGACGUGUGGGCAUGGUGGUGGGCGAGUGUCUGAGCGCUCGGCUAGAUACCGGCGGGGCCAAACUCAAAUUCCAGUAUGAAGAGGAUGAUGAGACGCGGGAGCUACUCUCCAUGAUGGACCCUCUGCCUGCUGAGGACGCUGCCAUUGCUGACAGACCAGACCCUUCCCAGAGUAACAAAAGGUCAGAGAUCAAAGGGCAGAGUUCACCUGAAGAAGUCACUUCUUUGACUUCACCAGUAGACCCAGUAAGACCAGCAGAACAGGGUUGUGACUCAGAGCUGGACAGUGACGAUGAGCUCACCCCUUAUGACAUGUCUGAAGAUCGGGAGAUGACGAAAGCCACCCCUCCCCGCUAUCUGAGAGACUGCAUGGAAGCCCUCAUCUCCUCUGAGGACGGGGAGAGGGUGGAGCUCAGUCUCCGUGCCGCGGAGGGAUUGGUGCGUAAGAACAGCUCUGCGGUCAGAGAGGUCAGCGUGGAGCUGACCAAGGUGCUGCUGCACCUGGAGGACAGGUACAGCACUGCGGGCUUCCUGGGCAUGCGCCAGGCCGCCAUGGUGGCCCUCGCUGUUACGGACUGUAUCCCGGUGACUGAGUACCUGACCACAGAGUUCUACAGUUUAAAUUACAGUCUGCGACAGCGCCUCGAUAUGUUAGAGGUCCUGACUCUCGCCGCGCAGGAACUCUCUCAGCCAAUCACAGAGAAGACCCGCCCUUCUCAAGGGACUCGGUCUGCCGCCAACAUUGUGCCCAUUGACCCCUGUGAUGCCCCACUGCACUGGCGGAAGGUUGUGGAGCAGCGAAUUCAGGGCAAAACGCGGCGCUUUGGGAAAGGAGCUUCUCGGCCCCCUGCCAGUGCCAGUCCAAACCGCUAUGCCCCUGUCGCUGGCUUUUUCUUUUUCCCUCUUCUGCAGAAAUAUGACAGGCCACAGGUGACCUUUGACCUGCUGGGAAGUGACCACUUGGUGCUGGGGAGGCUGAUCCACACGCUGGGCCUCCUAAUGUAUCUCGCAGUAAAUGCUCCGGUGGCCACUCAGAUGGGCAGAGCUUUGCUGGACUUUGUGUGGGCUGUGCGCUACCAUGUGGACCAGGUCGUCCGACAGGGGGUUUUGUUUGCAAUCUGUGCUGUGUUCCUGAGCAUGCCCAGUCAGAACCUAUUGUCUGAGCUCAGUGAUCAUUUGUUGGAGACCAGAGCAUGGCUGGCAGAUGUGGCAGAGGGGGAUCCAGAUGCAGACUGCAGGAGCCUGGCCCUGCAGAGUCUAGUGCUGUUGGAGAAGAGCCUGAAGGCAGAGCUGGAACCUCCUGCCAUGGCACUUCAGUCCUAAUGUGGAGGGG